AUGAGCGAGCAGGGCAAUUUUCGAAGUGGCUUGUUUCCAGCUGCUGGAACGGGUGCCCGGUCUCUGAACCCCUUUUCUGAAAAAGCAGAAAGGGAACCAAGUAUCGAUGUCACGUCCUUCUCGUUGCAGACCUUGCCUCCGAUGACCAGUUCCAGCCAGAGCAACUCUGAUAGCUUGCCAGAGGAGGAUCGAGGUUCACGCAUCUUGGAAUUAGGUCACCAGGAGCAACUGGCACAGUCCCCAGAAAUCUCACAAGCGGAUGCGGUUGAGCCGUACCACGUCUUUGGAACUCGGAAAAAAUGGGCAGUGGUGGGCCUGAUUGGCUUGGCUGGCACUUUCUCUGGCUUGUCAUCUAAUAUUUACUUCCCGUGCCUCAACUCAAUUGAAAAAGAAUUCACAGUAUCGCACAAAUUUGGUUCCCUUACAAUUACUACCUACCAGCUUUUCCAAGGUGUCGCGCCACUUUUAUGGGGAACAUUAUCAGAAAGCUUGGGUAGACGCCAAGUUUAUGUCUAUUCUUUCAUCGUCUAUAUUAUUGCCAACAUUGUUUUGAGCUUUUCGCCCUUGUUCGUGGUCCUAUUCAUUUUUCGCGCCUUGCAAGCCUGCGGUAGCGCCUCAGUUGUUAGCAUCGGCAACGGGGUCAUUCAAGAUAUCUCGACUUCCUCCGAGCGCGGUGGUCUCCUAAGCAUGUACCAGGCUAUACGCAACUUCAGUAUUGCCAUCGGGCCUUUGAUCGGAGGCGCUCUAUCUCAAACAUGGGGAUUCCGGUCAACAUUCAUCUUCCUUGCAGUCAGCGCCGGCCUAGUUAUCAUCACAAUGGUCAUGUUUCUGCCUGAAACGCUGCGAACUGUCGCUGGAAACGGCUCCGUGCGCGUCAAAAGCAUCUUUUACAAGCCUUUGUGGGAUAGCAUCUGCAGGAAGCCAUCCGAUCUGACAGGGCCAGAUAAGACGGUCAGGAGGAUGCCGAAGCCCCGUGAUUUUGUGAAACCUCUUUGCAUGCUAUCGGAAACCGACACGCUGCUGAACCUCAUAUUCGGUGCAGUCGCUUACUCGAUCUGGUCUAUCGUUAAUGCCACUACGCCGGCGCUGCUGGGAGAGACAUUUGGUCUCAGCGAACUCCAAUUGGGUUACGCAUCUUUACCAAACGGCAUUGGCACAAUUAUGGGAUCAUGGCUCGCCGGACGGCUCAUGGACAGGGACUACAGGACCGUCGAGAUAACUUACAAAAUCGCACACGGUAUCACGGAUGAUCGCGAAAUAUCACCCAAGUCCAUACCUGGAGACUUUCCGAUCGAAAAGGCACGCUUCCGUCACGUCUUCUGGGCCGCCCCGCUGCUGGCUGUCUUGACCGCGCUAUACGGUGCCGCGCUCUGGAAGCCAUCCCUUACUUCGAAACCCGGCUGGUUGGCGGUGCCUCUGACACUACAACUCCUCAUCGCGCUGACCAGCAACAUGAUCUUCGCGAUCAACUCCACCCUCAUUACGGACUUGCAUCCCGGAAACGGCGCUGCCGCCACGGCUAUGAACAAUUUCGCAAGAUGCGGUUUGUCUGCUGGGGCUGUCCCCGCCGCCCAUUACUUGAUUGAGAAGUUUGGGCGACUGCAGACAUUCGGGGGCAUGGCUGUCGCAUUCGCCCUCUGCAUUUCUUUGGCAAUAAUGAGUCGCAUUUGGGGUAUGAAGUGGAGGAAUGACAGGUUGAGGAAGGCCGACAAUGCAAAGGCCGAAAAUGCGAAGGCCGAGAAUAGGAGGGGGUGGAUGGUCUGGAGGCGGUGGCGAUCUUGA